GCUCCGGAAGUAGUAGCCAUAACUUCCGGGAGGGGCUUGUGUGCCUGGUGUGUGUGCUACGGGGUGCAGACUGUGUUUAAAAUAGCGGGAACGCCAUGUCCCGCGGUUCCAGCGCCGGUUUUGACCGUCACAUUACUAUUUUCUCUCCCGAGGGCCGACUCUACCAAGUAGAAUAUGCAUUUAAGGCUAUUAACCAGGGUGGACUUACAUCUGUUGCCGUCAGAGGAAAGGACUGCGCAGUCAUUGUCACACAGAAAAAAGUACCCGACAAACUACUGGAUUCUAGCACAGUGACUCACUUAUUCAAGAUAACGGAAAACAUUGGCUGUGUGAUGACAGGAAUGACGGCUGACAGCAGAUCCCAGGUACAGAGGGCACGCUAUGAGGCAGCUAAUUGGAAAUACAAAUAUGGCUAUGAGAUUCCUGUGGACAUGCUGUGUAAAAGAAUUGCUGAUAUUUCUCAGGUCUACACACAGAAUGCUGAAAUGAGGCCACUUGGUUGUUGUAUGAUUUUAAUCGGUAUAGAUGAAGAACAAGGCCCUCAAGUAUACAAGUGUGAUCCUGCAGGUUACUACUGUGGCUUUAAAGCCACGGCAGCAGGAGUUAAACAAACAGAGUCAACCAGCUUCCUUGAAAAAAAAGUGAAGAAGAAAUUUGAUUGGACAUUUGAACAGACAGUGGAAACUGCAAUUACAUGCCUGUCUACUGUUCUGUCGAUUGAUUUCAAACCUUCAGAAAUAGAAGUUGGAGUAGUUACAGUUGAAAAUCCUAAAUUCAGGAUUCUUACAGAAGCAGAGAUUGACGCUCACCUUGUUGCUCUAGCAGAGAGAGACUGAACACUCUCAUCAGCUCACCAGAUCCAAGAUGCCACGUGCCGGUGUGGUAACAGCAGACUGACAUCCUAAGGCCCUGGACUGAAGAUGGAGACUCUCCCACUCCUCCUGCCACUGACUGGCUAGGACUCUGUAUAAAUAAAACCGUGCUUUUGGAAA